UCACACAAGCCCCGGGUCCUCUGGCGGGGGAUGAAAUAUUCAGUUUGAUGGUUCACGUAGGUGACGUCCGUCCUUGUCCUGGUGUUUAUAAAGCGGAGCCUGUGUGCUGGCAGCAGGCGACCAUCAGCUGCGAGACUGAGGCUGAGGACAGGAGCAGAGCGAGGUGGCCAGGCGGACCUGAGCCAGUCAGCGGGUCAGUGGGGAUGAGUCUGAGGAAGAUGAAAACCUUCCUGCUGCACGGGGUGGCCCUCUGCCUCCUGCUGGUGCCUCUGGCAGGGGCCAAGCCUGUGCAGGAGGAGGGAGACCCCUACGCUGAGCUGCCGGCCAUGCCCUACUGGCCUUUCUCCACGUCUGACUUCUGGAACUAUGUGUACUUCUUCCAGACGCUGGGGGCCUACCCCCAGAUCGACGAAAUGGCCCGCACCUUCUUUGCUCACUUCCCCCUGGGGAACACCCUGGGCUUCCAUGUCCCCUAUCAGGAGGACUGAGAGGUCCCCAGCCUGGCGCCCUGGGGCAGAGAGGGACCCCGAGGGGAUUUGGGUCUGGCCUCAGCUCAAUAAACUCCUGACUUAAAAUGCACAA